AUGACUGGAACUGCAACUCCUAUUAAGAUCACCACCAAGGAAGUCGCCAACGAUUUCUUAAACCGUUAUGACACUUUCUUAUUUGAUUGUGAUGGUGUAUUAUGGCUAGGUAACCAUGUCUUACCUCACACAAAGGAAUUUUUAGAUACUUUGGCUGCUUUGGGUAAAAAAACCAUCUUUGUCACUAACAACUCUACUAAAUCACGUCUAUCAUAUACAAAGAAAUUCGCAUCCUUUGGUAUCACUGUGAAAGAAGAACAGAUAUUCACUUCUGGUUAUGCUUCUGCUAUCUAUGUUCGUGAUUUCUUAAAAUUACAACCUGGUAAAGAUAAAGUCUGGGUCUUUGGUGAGACAGGUAUCAGCGAAGAACUGAAAAAAAUGGGUUAUGAAUCUCUAGGUGGCGCUGACCCAAGACUUCAAACUCCAUUCGACGCCUCUACCUCUCCUUUCCUAGUCGAUGGGUUAGAUGAAGAUGUCCGUGCUGUCAUUGCUGGUCUUGAUCCAAAUAUUAAUUAUCACAAGUUAGCUAUCACUUUGCAAUAUCUACAACAAAAGGAUAAGGUACAUUUUGUUGGUACAAACGUCGAUUCUACUUUCCCUCAAAAGGGUUACACCUUCCCUGGUGCUGGUUCGAUGAUCGAAUCUAUUGCUUUUUCAUCUGGUAGAAGACCAGCUUACUGUGGUAAGCCUAACAUGAAUAUGUUGAAUACAAUUGUAUCAGCUUUCGAUUUGGAAAAAUCGAAAUGUUGUAUGGUUGGUGACCGUCUGAACACUGAUAUGAAAUUUGGUGUUGAAGGUAAACUUGGAGGUACCCUACUGGUCUUAAGUGGUAUUGAAACAGAAGAAAGAGCCCUUGAAAUAUCAGAAGAACAUGUUAAUCCAAAGUUUUUCGCUGAAAAGUUGGGUGACAUUUACGAGUUGACAAAACAAUAA